AUGAAGCUCUCAACUUUAUCUACGUUUCUGUUCAGCGCGGCAGGCGUUUAUUCGGCUGCCGUGCCUUCGAAUGCUCGUCAUGCUUGUCAAAAAUCUUUAAAAUCUUGUGCUCCUGGGACUAUUGUUGUCUCUCAGUCUUCUCACCCGUCGGCGCAAUUCUCAACUGUCCAGGCAGCCAUUGAGUCCCUGCCUGAUGAUAACUCUACCCAGACCAUCCUGAUCUUGCCAGGUGAAUACAAAGAGCAAGUCAAUGUGACGCGAUCAGGGCCAAUUACUCUGCUUGGCCAGACGAAUAACCCGAAGGAUGCCACCAAGAACAAAGUCACCCUUACUUGGGCGCAGUCCAACCAUGACAACACUGGCCAGGCCGAGGAUAAUGUCUUUUCGGGCGUCUUGACCGUUGCUCCGACGCUGGAGUCCAGCUACACGGGGUCAGGUCCCACGGGAUAUCCAGUGCCUGAGGACACACCAUUUGGAAAUGUGGACUUCCGAGCGUAUAAUAUCGAUUUCACGAAUACGUGGUCCGACUACUCGGAUGGCCCUGCCCAUGCGCUCAGCUUUAGUCGCGCCAAUGGAGGAUUUUAUUACUGCGGGUUCUAUUCCUACCAGGACACUGUCUACGUUGGCAAACUCGGCAAUGCCUACUUCCACAAGUCUAUCAUCGCCGGCCAGACUGACUUCCUGUAUGGUUUCGGCACCGCCUGGAUCCAAUCAUCACAACUGCUCCUCCGCAACUGCGGAGGCGGCAUUACCGCCUGGAAGGGCACCAAUACCUCCUUCGUCAACAACUACGGCGUUUACAUCGUCGACUCCUCCGUCAAGGCAGCCAACUCGUCCAUCGCCCCUACCAUCAAGGGGAAGUGCGCUCUCGGUCGACCCUGGAACAGUCUCCACCGGUCGAUUUUCGCCAACACCUACGAGGACGAGAGCAUCUUGCCGGCAGGGUACAUCGACUGGGUAGUGGACGGACAGAGCCGGCUGACUAGUCAGACUUUCAUGGCCGAGUAUAAGGCGUUCGGACCGGGAUUCAGUGACUCGGGACGCGACAGCACGAACGCCAGCAUCGUCUUGGAUGGACGGGCGUAUAAGCGGUACGAUUCGCUGAAGAAGGUAUUCCAGACGCCGGAGGGCAAGUUUGGAAACGUGGGAUGGAUUGAUCGGAAUGUUGAUUAAUUUACCGCCGCCAUCAUGUAGUCAUACACCAUGAUACAUUUAC